AUGUCCCGAGACGCUUUUUCUGGGGCUAAGGUGCCUGAGGUUUACGAUGACAGUGUGGCAACAACGUUAAAAGUGAUAAUGGACGUGCUAAAGGUAAAAUCAUUUUUUUCGAGAAAAUUGAAUUUCUACUUCGGUGCGGCCGGCGUUGUUCUACAUCAUAAUUAUCACUGCCUUUGAAACAACUAUAACCUUUUUAGUCAUUGUCUGUAAAUUAGCAGGUUUUUUUUUUUAUGUUUGAAUCUUUCGUUGGGUGAUCGUGAAAGGAGACCGUGAUCAAGAUUUAAGUUUCGACCUCGAUCAAACGUUCGCGAACCUCUUCGCGUCGAUCUUGUGUACAUUCCAAUAUUGUUUACUCUGCUCCAAAACAUGCCAUUCGCACAAAUCAAAUUUUCCUAUGUUUUACCACCACGAUUUUUUUUUAAUGAAAUCUUAUGUAUAUGUCUAACUUAAUUAUAUCUUGGAGAAGACGCUGUUGUCGCUGUCUGCAAAAUCGUGAUCUGUGAUGUUACGGACACGGAAAUAAUAAUAGUCACGGGCGAAACUGCAUGGAGCGGAAUUGAAUUUAAAAUAUUCAAAGAGAUGGUUUGUGUUAUUACCUACCUUUAGCGUUGUUUGCUUAACAACAGCUGUAUCCAAUUCCCUUAUUCGAUACUACCGAAACGAAAGUCGCUUGGGUUAUAAUUCUAUUACCAUUGUGGUUGAAUCUUUUCAGAAUUCAUUCGAUCAGUUGUUUAUAUAAAAUACGUAAGCGUACAUUUGAUUUUAUAAAACAUAUAAACAUAUAAAAAAUAUAAACGCCUUUUCUUUCGUUGAUCAAUAACCGUCUCUAUUUAGCUUAUUUUAUAGUAGGUUUAUAUAUUAAAACGUGGACAGCGUUGGACAAAAAUGUUUCUUGUAAUAUUUGUAUUUUGUCAUUUUUUUAAUUAUAAUUUUGCAGGCUUUCAGUAUCUUCUUAUAAAGAAUACACAAGACCUGACUUUUCUUAAAUUAAAACUAGGUGACUUUGUUUUAUUAGUCUACAGUUUAAUAUUGUUAUAAGCUGAACAUUUUAUUGUUAACUUAUCUCAAGCUUUAAAUUCAUAAGCAAUAUAUUGGUUGAAAUUUAUGGCACUUGAUACUUUGGUGUUAAUCACCGAGAUAGGAUAUUUACUUGAUAACGGGUGGAAGAGUGAUCACAAGCACAAGAUCAGGGGCAGGCUAUUUAAGCCAAAAUAAGGUACAGUGUCUCAAGUACUUUUGCAACUGGUUGUAGCUACAGGUUUCCCGAUGAACAAGCUGUAAAAACUGACUUUCUUUGCACACUGGAUUGGACCCAUGCAAAACCUCCAUUUCAGGGGACAGGGCUAUUGUUAGUCUGAACCUUAUCCCACAACCAAAAAAUAGGGAGGCGAUUGAUUGUGCUUUUAGUAAAAAAAUCCCCAUGGCCUUGAGAAAAUAAGAAAAUAGAAAUAAGUUAAAUGCCAGUAAUUUUUAAAAGUACAGAAUGACAAUAAAAUUUUUAGCAAUGCUACCUUCAUCAGGAGAAAAAAAAUAAAUUAUGAUGUUAUGAUGUAUUUUAAUUACCAGUGUUCAGGCGGUAAUGGGUAAAAUUUGCUAACUGAAGCAACACAUCUAACUGCCUACAACCACUUGAAGUGUUACUAAAAUUAAAUAAGAUGUUUCAAAACUUGAAUACGCAAAUUGUGAUCCAAGUCGAUCCUCACAAGAAAAGAAGUAAACAGGGAAAAAAAGUACAGUGGAACCCCAUUCAUAAAUGGGCCAAAAAAAUUUUGCCAUAAUAAAAGGGUGACUGCAUUUAACCGAGGUGGCUGUAAAGCGGGGUUCCACUGUAUACACGGCUACUUUUUCUGACUAACGAUAUUUUUUCGUGGGCUUCUGUCCCAGUUCUAGACUUUCUUGACCAGCAGGAAAAGUUCACGACUUCCGUGACUUAAUUGUGUUACUAAAUUGACCGUAGUGGCAAAGGCAGCCUUCAUUCGUAAAUUUUUUUAGUUUUGAGGGUGUUUAAAAUAGUUUUCAGUCAAUUUUUAAUUGGUUGACAGGAUUUUUUGGCCUUACCGGUCAGGAAUGGUCCCUCACUGCUGCUGAGCUAAAAUUUGGGGAGAACACUGAAUUACUAUGCAAGCUAGAUCACUUCUGAUGAGUACAUGUUCUAAAUGAUUAAUGUGUGACACGCAUCUCAUUUAUUUUGCUAUUUCUAAUUUUAGUCUCAUGAAGGCUCAAUCAAAGAACUCCAUAAUGUGCUGAACUCACAUGGGAAUAUGAUGUCUGGAAAAGUACACAUUCCUCCAUUGUCAAAUGUGAGUACAUGCAUUACUAAAAUGUGCUGCACAGAUUUGGGAACAUGGAAUAAUAUCAACAAUAUAUAGAUUUAGCCAAGACUAAAAGUGAAGCUUCCAUUAAAAAUUUAUAAUUUGCUUAUUAUAAUAAACAAUUAACUUGUAACCAUCUCAAAGAAAUCCACUUGGAGCUGAGCCUGCGAAUAGUUGAAAACUACCCGUGAUUUGUCAGUGGAUAAAUUAAAAAAUAAUGGGGGGACACCUGAGCCCGUGACACAGUCAUGUGAUCCUGGUCAGUGGAUACCCUUUAUUGACAGCUGUCAAUUGAUCACAACAUGGAGGUGCAAUAUCAGGUUGCAGGCUCAAACACUAGCUAGAAAUGGUGAGAUUGAACAUUCAGGUGUCCCCCUGACAGGUGGAUGGACAGACACACAGUCACGUGACUGCCAAAAUUUCUCAGAGCUCUAGCUUGCAUGCAUAUGGAGCUCUAACUAAAAUCAAAUCGAAACUGAAGAGUUAUUUGUUUUUCUUAUCAACUGACUUCACUGGCCAGCUUAAUUUACAUAUUUUAGGAUAAUCCUGCAAUACCUCGUAAUAAAUUGGUACCAUUCAAUAAUUUUAGGAAUCAAUGGCCAUGCCUUGAAAAAAUAAUUGAAUAAUAGAGUCCGAAAAUCGGUUUUUCAAAGUCUGGGAAAAAUAGUUUUUAACAAAUAAGUGUUUCACCUUGAAUUUUUUAAAGCAAUAGCGCUAUUAUUAAAUCAGAUUUACUUAUUAUGAAUGCCUAAAAGUUGUAAGCCCUAAAAGUAAUCUGGACAAUCCAGAAAAUAGCCUGAGAAAGCAGCCGACACUUUGCAAUGCCGCCACCACUGGUUUCCCCAGCCAACUGAAGUCAGGAACAUGAAGUACAAAAAUUUUAUGCUGAUGAUGUUCACUACAUGGUAUAUUUGCUUCAGGAACACUACCCAGAUCUGGAUAGUGACAUGUUGUCAGUAUAAAAUUUCUGCACUCGUUCCUGAGUUGUCAUUUCUCCUCUAAACCACGGCAGUGGUGGCAUCAUGAAAUGUUGGCUGUUUUCUCGGGCCGUCACUCUAAUUGACAACUAUUGAUUAUGAUUAAACAAUUAGAUUCAUACAAUGAAUGGAGAAGAGGAACCUGUCAAGGACAUAGAUGACCUUCCAGACAACCAAUCCGAGGUGUCCUCAAUUAUGUCCAGUCGCACCGAGUACCACGAGCUGCCGACAAGAUCUACCAUACUCAGCAGUACUGGCAUGUCUGGCAAAGAAGGAUUUCCUCUGUCUGAUCUGGGUCACUCUAAAACUCUUGGUAAGUAUGAACAUAAGUGUACAUGUACAUGUAUGCAACAGGGCUGUCACUUGAUAAGCGACUUCAAGUUGCUGGGUAUAUGCAAUUACACUGUUGGCGUAGGAAAGCGAACAGCUUAGGAAAGUGAAUUGUUUUACUUCUGUUUCCUUUUUCUUCUAAUAAAAGCGGCCAUGAGUCAUGCUUAAAGGGCCUGGUUCUCAACAGCCCUGAUAUAGUGUGUUAUCUCUGUUAACUUGAAUUCCCAAAGGAAACAAACAAACAAAAACAGUAAGGGUUAGUGGGGAUGUUGGGCAAAAUACUGCAGUUUUGCUGGAAGGGUGUGGCAAUUUAUUUAGGGGCAGUGCAUCAGUGCCAAUAAUUAAUAUUUUUGCUCCUAAAGGCAAUUCCCACUUGUUAAUGAGAGUGUGAUGGCAAUUUCUGUUCUAGUCUCCAGUACAACUGGACUUACUCUUACAAGCACGCCAUUAAAGCUGCCUUCUUCUUCUCCUCAUCAACACUUUCCUACGAGAACCUCAAACACCAGAACACCCAAACUGGAACAGUUGUCUCCAGUUUCAGCAGUGUUAGCUGACGACCAUACACAUGGUAACCUCUAAAAAAUAAAGUUAUUAAUUAUUGUGCAUUGUAUUGCUCAAGAAAGUAUCAAUAUACCCCCCUCCACGUAGAAGGGUUAAUUGGAUUGAGCAACCAACCCAACUCACCCCAACUCCCGCACCGCCACACUUCUCCCCAUUAAAAUAUACAGCUCAGGUUCAUACUUUCGUUUAAACAUUUGGCCUUUAGACCUUCCCCUCCCUAAGACUUUCUAUUGGCCCUCUAUCGCGUGGUUAUAGAUAUUGCCUAAACCUAAACCACACCUUAAACAUGUUAUUUUGAAACCAUGAGUACUUAAAUACCGUAUUUAUUCGAAUAAGCGCCCAACCUCGAAUUAGCGCCCACCUCGAAUAAGCGCCCAUCCUAAAGGUAGAAAAAGUUAAUAAGCGCCCAGCCUCGAAUAAGCGCCCAGCCCACCCCAUCCCACCCCCCCAAAAUUGAAUAAGUUCUAAUAAGAGACUUCCCCGAAGACUGAGUUUUCUUCAAAGUAUUUUAUAGGAACCUUGCUUUGUUACAUCUUCGCGUUUUGUCAUUACUAUUUAUUGUUUUGUUGCAAAAUGAACAUACUACACUUGCUGAAAAUACUGAAAAUUUAAUAAGCGCCCAGCCUCGAAUAAGCGCCCACCUCGAAUAAGCGCCCACUCUCACGGUCCAAAAAUUUAAUAAGCGCCCAGGGCGGUUAAUCGAAUAAAUACGGUAGUGAUAUAACAAUUGUGCCAAAGGGAUAGCGCAUUAGUGAACCUUCUCGCCUGGCCUCAAACGCGAUUAAGUUGGAGAAGAUUUUUGGGAACGUUUUGACUGACAAUAUCACUUCUUAUCAUAAACCAGGUCAAGUUUUACCAACAUCUAGUCAGCCAUAUUCUCUCCGUACCCCGCCAUCAAUAAAGCCUGACAGGGUGGGUGGAAUACACAAAUACAGUUCACCUCCAAGCACUGGGUAUUCUGGUAAGUAGUUGUUUUGUAUAGGACACAUUCUAGGGAUCUUGAUCAAAUACGUUUUGUUUUUGAGCGACGAACGUCAAAGGAAGUGAGGCCUUUAGUUAAUAUCCCUUUAACAUGCCUGAACGUUACCAAAAUUGUAUUGUUAGGUGCUUUUACUCUUCUACAGACGAUUUGCCCAAAACUUAGGUAAAACGACUGCUCAGGAAUGCGUGAAGUAUACUGUGCUAACACAACCGAUGGUCACUGUCUUUCUCAACCAAGAGACAUAAAUUAUUAAAAUAAUUAUUAAAGGCCAUCAGUUACAAGCUUCUCAAAAGGAGCGCGGGCCUAGGUGCUUGUUAACUCUUUUUGCGUGUAUAAAAUUUAUAUCUUAUUCCUUUGUUCGAACUUCUCUUGCAGUUGGUGCCCUGCAUACGAAGAUUCAGUUACUGGAAAGCCAGGGUAUGUUUUGUUCUACAAUUCAGUUAAGGUUUUAUAGUCUGGUCAGUUUGCCUGGCCAAGAAUCGAUGAACAAAACAAAACAUAACAACAACAGCAAAGAAAGUAGACUCAGUUUGGUAAUUAAAAGCUAAUGAAGCAAAAAGGUCGCCGUUCUUGGUUUAGACUUGGUUUAGUAAACUGUGCAAAUCAAAGCAUGAUUGUCUUUCACUUCAUUCAAUAGUUAUACCAACCUGUUAACGUUGCCAACCGGACUAGGCUACGGGUGUAUGUACAUUUUGAGAAAAUCUUAUCGUGGAAAUUGUAAGCCGUAACUCCGCGCUGAUGUUGAAACCCGUUUUAAUGUUUCGGGUUUGAAUUUUUUUGUUUUAAGCUGUUCCAAGCGUUGAGAUAGUGGAGUGUGACGUGUAAGUCACCCCAUCCCCCACCCCGUCUCUGUUUUUCCUUGUCAAAUCUCUUUGCGUCGUCCCCACAAUUGCAUCGCCUGUUGUUGUUGUUUAUUUUUCCUAGGGACCCUUAACCAGAGUAUAGCUCUUUGGGGAAUGCAGAACUAAAAGGGCGGUCACUUGUUUUACCCCUAUCCCCCUCAUACACUCCCGUCCCGGUUGUUCAAAAUCCUCCGGAUAAAUCACUAUCCAAUAGAAAAGUAUUACAAAAACCGAUUGCGUUAUCCGCUGGAUAGUGAUGUAUCCGGUGGACUGACAGCGCAGCCUAUCCACUUUUCCAACAACUGGGGCCUGAUGUCCAGGCUACGAAACGACAAGCAUUAAUGACUUCAGAUAACUUAACGAUAUCUAAUCUAAAGUGACAUAACCUCUCUCCGCUCUCUCCACGGAGAUCUAGACGCGUUGACUAUUAAGGAACUAAGCGCUAGAAAUAACCAAAAGUUACGGAGUGCGGGCGACAACGAUAGCAGGUCAAAACGCUUUGCGUAAGCUUGACGUGAGAGAUGGUCAAAACACGCGUGGUCAGAUUACGAGUGAUAGAAGGUCCAAACGCGUGCGAUCAAAUUGCGUUAUGUGCAUUCCAUUCAUUCUUAGUGGAAGUCCAAACGAAUGCUGGCUACAUACAUGCGACGCAUGCGUAACAACAACCUGGAGAUUAGGAUUGCGGGGUCCUCUUGUCCCCCGCAAUAAUCGUAGCUCUAUGAUUCUUGCCAAGUUUUGCCCGGUCGUUUUAUUACACAUUGUUUAAUUCAGUGCAUUUAACCUUCAACUAAGGUAAUGCAGUCGUCUAAUUCUUUGAUUCUUGCUGCGUUUUUUACUGAAUCUUUGUGUUGUUUGUAUAAUUCAUCUAGUGUCAGAAUGGGGAGACAUUAUCGAUGAAAUGUCCGACCGGAUGGCAAAUCAACCUUCCCUAAUUAGGAAGUUUGCCAAAGAAAGGUAAUGCUGGUUGACAUACAUACCAUUGAAUCGAUGAAGACGUCUAGCGCCAGGCGACUUAUGCCCUACUCCUCUUACUUUAGUUCAUCAUAGAACUUGUAUGUUUCUGUAACGUAGCCAGAAAAAAUGUAAAUUCUAAUAGAAUAAAUAAAUAAAUAGAUAAAUAAUGAUAAUAAUGCUAAUGAUAACAAUAAUAAUCAUCAUCAUCAUCAUCAUAAUAAUAAUUAUUAUCAUAUUUAUACUAAUCAUAAUAAUAUUUAUCUGUGUGAAUCUUCAACUGCAAACUGUCUGACAAUUUAUCGCAUUUAUCCGCGUCAUUUUUUUACUCGUUCCGAUAUUAAUACAUGUAAUAAUGCUAAUGAUGAUGAUAAUAAUCAUCAUCAUCAUCAUCAUCAUCAUCAUAAAAAUAAUCAUAAUCAUAUUCACAGUAAUCAUAAUAAUAUUUUUCUGUGUGAAUCUUCAACUGCAAACUAUGUCUGACAAUUUAUCGCAUUUAUCCGUUUCAUUUUUUUUACUCGUUUCAUUAUUAAUACAUGUAAUAAUGAUACUGAUGAUGAUGAUGAUGAUGAUAAACGGAAUGGUUUGCUUAGUGCUCACGAAAUUGCAAUCAAAAGUAUAAACGAAGUGAGUAUGUAUUCUAGAGGUUUACUCUUUUACCAAAUUAUUCCACAGCGUAAUGAUCGCAAAAUAUUAUGAAGAUACGCAUGCGAGUGAAAUUGCUGGUUUUCCUCAACUAUCAAUACAAAUACUUUAUAUGGACAGUCCUUCAUUAGCCGCCGUUGUAAGAACUUUUUUUUGAAGAAGCUUUCGUAAGAUUGUGGUCUGUAUACCCUGCUGCGUGCAGAGUCUUCUUCGAUUUUCCUAGUAUCAACGAGGAUUGAACGAAGCUCUGCUCGCAAGGUGCAGUCUCUACUUUUUUGAAACAUUUUAACCUGUUAAAUGUGUUUGCGUUUGAUGUAUUGCAGCACCACAGACAAAGUUAGCCAUCGACAGCAUACUGAAGAUUUAGAAGUACUUGAAAGAAAAUUGUCCAAGAAAAUUGAUGACAAGGUACUGUCUAAAACUGUCACUUUCUACUAACGGGAUGUUUUUGUUUGCAUGUGUGUUUGUUUCUUUUUCCGAGAGUAAUAAGGGAAUUCUUCUCCAUCCAUUUGAAUCCCGCGCCUACCCCGGCGUUUUCCAUGCCACAUUUGGUAAUGCAUCCUUGAUUAAGUCUGACCACAAUUCAUUUUGUUCGACCAAAUUGGUGGCUUGGUCGGACAUACGUCCUUAAAGAAAUAAAAAGUAGGGGUACCUUCCGGUAACUGCCAACGAGGCGAAUUUAUUUAUCUUUUGUGGAAUGUGUCUAUCAAGAUCUUCGCGAUUUGUUACAUAAUCUUAGAGGUUUACAAUGGAUUCGGCUAUAGAAAAUGAUGGCACUCAUUGAAUCUGCAAUUAGUCUACCGGACCGGUAUGUUUUAAGUUUGUCAAAAAAUGAAAAUAAGUUUAACGAAAAAAACAAAACAAAGCAAAGUUGAAAGAUACAUUCGAGGAAAGCAAGCAUGGUUUUGACAGUUAAAGCUGUACUCUGACUCAUUUCGUCGCUUUUGAAGAACAUAUGGCCUACAAGUGUCUCGCAAAACCGUCGCGAAGUCUCUAAAAACUCUUGCAGCUUGCGAUUCUCGGCGUUUAUGCAUGAGAAGAAUCACUUACGAUUCAGCGGCAGUAAACAUUUCCGUUUUUAUUGAGCAAAGAAACAUUUCAUUUCAGAAUGAUAUUUCACUAAAAACCACGUGACAAUGAUGAGAUUGGGAGUCUUGUCGUGAGAAAAGUAAAAACAUCAUGAGACUCACAGCAACGGAAUCGUAAGCUUGGAACAGCUUCGCUUGGGAGUCGAAGAGCAAUUGCUGAUCUUUUCGUCCUGUUUAUCUCAAAGUUGGCCAUAGUGCUAAUUUGAAACAUUCAAAGUCUACAAGGCAAUCGUCCUGUGACUCCUUUGAAAUGUACAAAAUCAGCACAUCGCGGAACGGGAAUGAUCUACGACAGUUGUCGUUUUGAUAUCGGGCGCCUUCGUGUGGAGUCGACUGAUUUAUGAAAGGUGUCUACAUCUAUUGGACAAAUUUGCAUAUAUCGCAGUGCCCACAAUAACUUGUUCCUUACGCUACGCGUAAUCCACAAGUUAAUUGGUACAUCAUCUGGGCUUUCAAUUCUAUAAAAAAAGACAACAUAGCUUGAAGCUUUGUUGGUAAAUUGGAGCAAGUUAGCAGUUAUAAAUUAUGGAAAUUCAAAACCGCUAUAAACGUUGGAAAGUAAAGUAUAGUUCAAGUGAGGGCUUGACUGCUAAAAUAAAAAAUAAAAAUUAAAUUCUGAGCUUAAGCCGAUCAACGGCAUCAACAGGGCUAAGAAAAAUAUUCCGGAUGGUAAUAUACAUAGGAAAAAAUUGGUGUAAGCAAAAUGCGUGAAAAGCGCAAGAAUGGGGCGGAAUGCAUCAGAGGUAUAAAAAUAUAAACUUGAAUAAAAUACAAAGAUCUAAUGAGCGAGUGGCACAGGACAAAGAGUACCUCGAAGGCAAAAUGAUUCAUAAUGAUGGUCUUUAAAACAAAAGGUCCGCAAAUUCGUUGGGAGUUUAGCUUUAUGGGAGUUUAGGGCUGUCUUCAAUGUUAGUCGAACUGCAAAAGGGCAUGCUGGUUGAUAAAAAUCUCUCCAAAGGCAAAAAUAACUUCUUAAAAAACAAAAUGUCCUCAAAUGCGUUUCAUUCCUCACGGGAGAUGAGGACUCAAUGUAAAUCGACCUGCGAAGAACACGCUGGUUCUGAUAAACGUUUUGAGAAUACAACCCUAUUCCUUCAUUACUUACCGCAUAAAUUCAAUUUAGAAAUUAAAAGAUAACAUUGAAAACCCUGGUUCUGAGUCGAGAAGCGAACACGCUACCUCAAUGUAAAUCGAGCUGCGAAGACGAAGAACAAGCUGGUUCUGACAAAAAAUGGAGCGUAAAACCCUAUUCCUUGAUCAGCUGCUGCUUUAAACCCAAUUUUUAAAGCAAACCAGAGCACUAAUAGCCCUUUAAAACUAGAAAUCGUAUUAAAACUUUCUCACCUGUUUAAAGGGCCUCUUGAACAGAAAACGAACAGCUGCACAAGGGAUCAUCCAAUUUCGAACCACGAGUUGUAAAUACAAGAUCAUGACGCCACUGCCCAAAUAUGGGGUUUUAUUUACACCCAAAUAUGGUCAAAAAUGCAAAUUUUAGUGGGUUUUUGCAGAAUUUGAGAGUUUUUGCCUACAUUGGGCGGGGUUAUCAAUCUGCCGCCGAGUCAACUUCGCUUCUUAGCCCGGUUGCCUCGUUGGCAAUUAUUUGCAGCUGUGCUUUAAUCGUGGAUGGAAUUGGAGAACCUUAUCUAUCAGGUGUUACUCAGCUUUUAUUAAUAUUGUAAAUGAUAGCAACACUGUGCCUAGUUUUCUCAACUUGGGGUAACCUAAUUCGCUUUUUUUUAUAACUCUUUUCCAGUUUGCCAACCUUGAUCGUAAAAUCAUUGAACUUUACGACGAUUUGAUGAGCCAAGUCACCAACCUACCGGCUGCGAAAGGUAACAGACUAUCAACGUAACAUUGAUGUACCUAGCAAUGAAUUUGUUGUGUCAGUAAUUAAAGUGCCCAUCACCUAAAAUUUUUUAUUUUCUUAUCUGAAAGUACACCUUAUCAAAAUAACUUCUGCGAAAAAAUUUUGCGAUUUGAACCAAAGACGAUUUUUUUUUAGAAUUUUUUAAAAACGUUCAAAUUUGCCGUCAUUUUGGCACACCAUUCGUCUUAGUCUUCUCUCGGACUAUGACGUCAUAUGACGUACUUUAAGGAACACGUGACUUUAUCGACAGGAAAACAUUAAGACUUCUGAUAGGUUUUUCUUUUUCAGAAAAACUUUCUUCUUACGAAGACAUUGUGAUUCAAUCCUUACUUGUAAUUUAUCUUUUUUUGUGUACAGCUGGUGAAGGCAAGGUAAUGCGAGUUCCUUAUUUUACGUCACAUGACGUCAUAUGUGAGCCUGCUAGUUUGCAUGAUCAGCGGCGCGGGUGUACCGAAAAAAUGUAGACUUCAAAAAUUGGUAAAAAAAAUCGCGUUUUGUUCAAAGCGCAAAACUUUUUCGAAGAAGUUAUUUUAAUAAGGUAUAGUUUCAGAUAAGAAAAUAUAAAAUUUUAGGUGAUGGGCACUUUAAGCUCAAGCUGGCUGAGAGCCAGUCCAGGUUUCUAGAUUCCACUAGCAAAAAUUUGCCCGAUUCCCGAAUCCAGAAGGAAAAAUUUCCACGAUUAAUUCCGGAUUCUCGCGGAUUAUCUUACAUGGGGUGACUUGUAGCUGCAUUAGAUACAUAACGCAAGAAUUUACACUUUAUAAACAAAGAGGUACUAUGGCAAGUUCAACUUUCGUGUUUAUUUCUUUUGAUCGCUGUCGUUAUAGCUGCUGAAGAGAAGAAGACACAAAAACAAGUUUCCUUAGGAAUACAUAAAUUCGACGUGGACUCGCUCAAAGAGAAGGUGAGGUGAAAUCGACUUUAUGAAAAAAAAAACACAAAAUAAUCUGAGUAAUCUGUCCUCUAAGCAGUUCUAAGGCAAGAAAAGAAAAGCAUAAAUUUCUUGAUCUGUUGAAGCUUUUAACGUGAUUGGCUGUUUUUGUUAUUAUUUUUUCUUAGUUGGAUGAACAGGAUGAAAGACUUAAAGCGAUGUCUAAAGGUGAGCUUUACGUGUAAAUUUUUUGAAACCUUUUUUCUUUCCAUUUUUCAGUCAUUUAAUAUUAAUUUUUCCCCGAACAUAUUUUUAUAUGUGCCCUUGGAAUGUUAAAUAUGGUUCAAAACAGCAAGGUGUCACAAUUCGUUGCCCAUUAUAAGAUGUAUUUUAAGUAGUGUUGCAGUUUUAACGAGUUAAACGUAAUGUCAGGACUUAAUUAUGACUUCGGUCAUGUCAACCGAACGCGAGUGAAGGGUACAUAACAUACAUGUAUAAAUAUUGUGCAGCUUAGCAUCGUCACACGUUCAAUUCAAUCUACUUGAAGUUUCACUUCAGAGUUAAUUUUCUUUUAUCAUCAUUUCAUUUUGUGUCAGAAGGUCAGACACUGUUAGAGCGAUUUUCGUAUGACCUUGAAAAAUGGUUUCGGUAAGCGUUCGUUAUUUGUUUUAUCAACCAAUGGAUGAAAAGAUCAAAACAUGGUCUCUUCGUUUUCCCGCCAAAGAAAACCCUUAUAUGGAGAAGGCAUUGUUCGAUUAGCCAAUCGUGUUGUAGUAUGACGUCAGAGCGAAGUAUCGGUUGAUUUCUAGACAGUUCUCGGGCAUGAAGUUUUUUCACCCGAGCGUCCGCUUAACCAACCAAACGUCACGCGCGUUUGUAUCCGUUUGAUAAACCAAUCAAAUCGCUCUGUUUCCGUUCGUUUGUUGUUUCUGUUUUGUUUGUGCAUUUUCAUCUCAAGGUCAUGCGAAAAUUGCUCUAUCGCCCCAUGAAGAGUACCGUAAAAUUCCGAAAAUAAGCCCCGGGGCUUACAUUUUUCAAAAGCCCUUUUUGAGGGGUUUAUUUUUGGAGGGGCUUAUCUACGAAAGGAAAUUUGCGUUUGAAAAUCGAUUGGGCUAGCAUUACAGUUGGAAGGAAAUUUACCGUUUUUGCUUUGUUUUACUUUGUAUUUGAGGGCAAUUUCAAAGUACAAGCCCCCCGAAGGGCUUAUAUUUGGAGGGGCGAUUUAACGGAGGGUUUUUUCCGUUGCGAGUUUGGCGGGCUUAUAUCUGGAGGGGCUUAUUUUCAGAAUUUUACAUUAAUCUAAAGAAAUCUUGGAUUCGGAUUCCACGCUGUGGAUUCCAGAUACCUUGCCAGUGGAACUUGGAAUUCGGUUUUUAAUUUUAGCAGGAUUCCGGAUUCUUUGAGUUGAAUUCCGGGUUCCUAAAACCUGGAUUCCGGAUUCCAUAAGCAAAAAAAGUUCUGGAUUCCGCAGUUCUAUUCAGGUCUUUUCGCUCACCUGGACUAUCAUAUUCCACCUACUCGUGACAUGGCUCUUGGGCUUAAACCAUUUGCAAAAUGCCUUUUGAUUGUUUUUGUUAAUUAUAUUGUAUUUUUGUACUUUUCUUUUCUAAUCGAUCUUGAAGGAAUGUCAGCGCUAGACGACAAAAUGUCUCACCUUAAACAAGAUAUGACCUUAUAUAGACGCCAGCAUGACAACAAACGGGGUGAUGAUGAGGUAUAGCUAUGAAUAUUUGAACUUUAAGGAGGCUCUUACCAAAUUAAUCACUGAUUUAGCUGCGUUUGUUUUGUAGUUAGUGUCUUUAGUUGCUGAACAGUUAAUAUCCCAUGAAGAAAUUACUGGCUGGAAAGUGGCGCUUAAAGAAAUCCAUGCAGCUCUUAACAAACAAGUAAGGCUUACUACCUUAACAGCCAUUUUGUACUAUUUCGCGACAUUAUCAAUUUAUGAUUUUUGUUACGUUUUGGAAAGAAUUACGCCAAUGUUAUGACUUCUUUUUCUCCUGGAGAUGGUUCCCUAGACGAGCACUCGUAUUGAUAAAGUGCAGUAACGUUAGUUAUCAUGUUGUUAACCAAAAAGCCAAAGCAUUCUAUGACUUUUUCGCUUAGUCUGCGAGAAACUUUUGUUGAGCACUAAUAGUUGUUGAAUAAGUUGCGGAGAACAGGCCUUGGUAACAACCGAUUGUCUAGUCAGUUUAGAGGACCUUAUACUUUCUAAAAAAAGGAACAGUGAUUUAACCACCCAUAAAUGUCUGGUUACUGUUUAUGAAGAACCAGCAAAAGACUCUAAAUGCCUUCUUAAAAUCUCUUUUAAUAGUCUGAAAUCAACACUUCUGUCCACCACUCGUACGCAACUUUAGACAAGCGCACUGAAGCUAUGAGCCAGAAGCUACAACUUCAUGGAAGGUACCUUGAUUACUCUUUGAUAUCUUUUUUAAGUCUCUUUGGGAAAUACAUGUAACCAUGUUUAUUUUAUUACUGAACUAUAUCGAUCAUACGGAAUAUGUACUAAAAUUCAAAGUGGGCUUUAAGUCUUAGUUAUUGCUUCAUGUUUUUAGACCAUUCUCUUUUUAAACAUUUCAGAGCGGCGGUAUUUUGAGCUAAUGGCAUCGCGCUCUAGUUAAAAAGCCCUCCGUAUCACCAGUCUUGCAGUUAUCUUUUUUUUUCAGGUGGAGAUGGACGGGUGUGUCUAAUCUGUAUCCCAAAGCUCAUUCCUGUAUAGCAGUAGAUCAAAUGACAGACGACAUUAGCUUUACUUCACAAGUACACAAUACAGAGACACGGAGCUUGGUUUGGGAGAAAGGCAAACCUUAUGUUGUAGUUACUACUGGAGGAUGUUAUUGGUGAGGAAUAUUUUGUUGUCAAGCCCAAACUCACGCAGGGGACGGGUGGGUACGCAUUUGCCUGGCCUCGCUUGCAACAGGAUGGGACAUGGAACGGGUAACAGGUUGUCAACUCGAUUCACCGCUUCAAAUUAAGGAAAAAUGAUCCUUUUUCAGAUGCAUCGUUUCUUUUUUUCACGAAAAAUCCUAAUGAUCCGGAUUUUUGGUGUGAACUUGGAUUUUGGUAAAGAAACACACCCUAACUUUUCCUGUCAUUUCCAGGGUAGCAAUUGGUGCAUUUUCCAAGAAAACCAGUACACCACCGUCCCUGCAAGUAACAAUAGAUGAAGAACCUGUACCUCUGGUAUGACUUAAUCACUUUGUUUCGAUUGUGUUUUUGUGAUCAGUUUAAAUUAUAUUCUUCCUUUUUUAGGUGCUAAGGCUUGGAAACCUCUCUUUAGUUAAAAAAUACCUGCUCUCCAACCCACUUAUCCAAUUGUACCUCUCAACAGUGACACUUGGAACGGCCAUUUCGCACUACAAAUAGUACACCAUUAUCACUGUAACCACUUACUGCCUUUGCGAAACUAACUCAUGGGAAGCGAGAUUUUGCGAAGGCAGCGGUUCGUAAGACAGAGAACGGAGAGGGCAGGGUUCGCACAAUCUUGAAAAGUCCUUGAAUUUUAGGGGAGUCCUUGAAAAGUCCUUGAGCGACUUUCUUGCCUCGAGUUUAUCUUUGAAAAAAGCAAACACCGGGAAGCCGGCCUAAAACAUAAACUUAAGCUUUAAGCUUGAAGACUCAGAAUUUUUAGAGACACUUUAAUACUUGUCUUCGUGUAUGAAAAUUGUUGUCUUUGUAUAUGUUUCACCGAAUUAUUUUUCUUUUAUUGAUUGUUAGUAGUCUCUCUUGCAAUUUUGAUCGCUGUGCCGUUUGUUUUCACUCGUUCAUGAACAUCGCUUUUGCAGGAGUACUCAAAAUGCCGCGCGUAUCAAACGCUUUUUAAGAUUACACAUCGUUAUAAAACCAUUGAAUAAAAAAUCUUAUUAUAUGGCUGAGUCUGUUUUCGCUAUGCGAUUGGUCAAUUUGCGGUCCGUAACUCGCUAUACGGACCAAAAUUUUUGAAGAAAAUGCUCAUUUCGGAGCUCUAAAUCUCUUUACCUCGGAAAAGAAAGGUUUAAAUAAAGUUAUAAGACGCCUGUCAACCUUGAGGACCUUGAAGAACCUUGAGAACCUUGGAUGUUGACUUUGGCGUUCAACAUUUUCAAACUGUGUUUAUUUUGUGAACGAAGGCGAUGAAGGAACUAACUCGUAAUUUUAUCGAAGAGGAUUCUAGUCAGUGUUUGAAAAUUUUAUCGCAUUACACAGUUAAGAAGACGAAAAUCGACUGGCAGAGAUUCGAGAUGUUUUGCCUAAGAGAAAAUGAGUAAUUCCUUCGAAAAAUAUGAUAACAAACAUACCUGAACCCGAUAAUCUUGACAAGCUUCUUUGCCAUUUGCACUGUUUUCUCAAAGACCAACGAAAGAAAGAUAGAAGCGAGUUCGAGCCAGACACAAUGUCCAGUUUUCAAAAGACUCCAGCGUUACAUUCACGAGUGAAUACUUACAGUGCUCUUAGUUUUGACCGAAAAAACUUUAAAAUAUGUCUGUAAACCCUGAGGACUGGGAGGUUGACUUUGCCCUUCCAAAUUUUAACCUAGCCGUUGUUUUAAUAAAACGAAGCUAAUGUAGAAACUGAAUCGUAUCCUUACCGGAGCCUUUGUUAUGUGCUAUUGUUUUCGUGCGCCAAUAAAGACUUUCUUUUUUGACGCCUGUCUAAUGACUGUCAAAUCGUGCGUCCUGCACUUGUUUCCGGUCCCCAAACAGGAAGAAGCCAUAUAAUAAACAUCUUAUUAGCCUCGUUUUUUCGGUCCGUACUAUAAAUUACGGAUCCUCGUUUUUUUCCAUCCAUUUACGGCCCGCGCGCUUCGCACGCGGGCCGUAAUCGUAAAUCGACGGAAAAAACUCGGUCCGUAAUUUACAGUAUGGACCGAAAACUCGGCUAAUGGGAGGUACAUAUGUUGAAGCGUAACUCUAUUAGUGUUCAUUCAAACACUAACAGCUCGCACUGCAAAUUUGGCGCUUGCGAUCGUCCUGAAUUUUGGAAAUUUUUUUUUUUAACGGUUUGAAUGAUCGUCCUGAAUUUGAAUAAUUAUACAAUUUAUUAUUGCAAAUUUACUGCAUUCUUUCCGAGUUCUGUAUGGAAAAAAUAAACACCAAAAAAGCGCGUUUCAUAGUACUGUUUCACCUCAGAUGUAAUGUAUAAAAAGUAUAAAGGGUUGGUUUACACGCCCCCCAGAUUUGUUGGCAAGAUUUUGUAAAGUAAACUUGUCGAACGCAAAAGGUUCGGCCUGAUUUGUUUUCCAGGUCUAAUCUACUGUGAUCAAGAGCCAUUAUGGCUCUUAAAUGUGAUCGAAGAUUGCUAUUUUUUGGGUGUACGUUUAAGGCUAUCAACUCGAUGUCAGAUUUGGUUCACUCCUGUACUGUUUGCAAAUUACUUUCUCUAAAAUCACUUACCCUUUCCCUCAAAAGUCUCAUGAAUGUGCUCUAAAGUUAACUGGUUUGUGGAUUACAAGUUUAUGGUUUGAUUUAAAUUAUAAAUUUAUUAAUGGGAGUUUCGCUUUUAGCCGUGGCUAAAUCUAGAUAUUAUUUGUUGCAUAAUAUAAUUAACAAAACCCAGCCCAAACUCCAUUCAGAGGACACGUCUAUUCAGGAAACACUUAACUUAGUCCCGAGGUUGUCUCCCGAAUAGAGUUUCCACUGUAUUUCUUGUUUUGCUUCCUACUUGCAGUACAACAGCUCUGGAAAGUCGCCUAGUCAUCACAGAAUCAGCGUUAUUUCAUCCGCUCCUAAGUACCAACCUCCUGCGGGCAGAAUAAAGGGGGACGGAAGCAGUCCGUGGAGACCUGGUGAGGAAUAUUCUUACCCAUAAAACUUAAUGCGCGUAUGUUGAAACCACUAAACAGGUUACAUGAACAGUGGCGUUGUAUCGCUAUCAUAGAAGUGUGUUUUUCCUAUGUUGCUGUUGUUGUCGUCGUCGUCGUGCACAUAAUAGAGACCUUUAGAUUCUAAGACGGGGACGACUACGAGAACCAGGUCACUUUGGCCGGGAAACGCUUCGUUCGCCAGAGGAGCAAAAUUUCAUGGGGUGAAAGAUAGUAAUGUGCAGAGAGUGCCAGAACUGCAUGACAUCGCUAUUAUCUUAAACCUUGCACAGGCGAAAUUGACCAGACCUCUCUACCAGUCAGCAUUGGAGAAAUCAAAUAUUAAAUAUAACCUAGGGUAUCUAAAAGAUAGUAAUGCUGCGGCACAUUCUGUUGAUACUUAUAUUAGUUGGGCAGUGAGACUUAAAAGAAUCGAAAAUGACAUUGAAUGUCCCAUUUACAUGUUGGAAAGUAAUUAUUACUAUCAGUCUAUAAAAAGAACUCGUAGGAACGUUGUUUAGAAAAUGAUCAAAUGGUUAUCAUCUCUUGUUUUCCCACAGUAAAUUGUAGGAAAUGAUAGAAGUUCAGAUUGUUUGUCCAUAUAUUUAAUAUACGGUGUACUAUCUUUUUCCUGGAAACACGAUACUUUUCUUGCUGUUUAUUGCACUUUAUUAAAUGACAGAUAUAUAAGUAUAUAUUUAUAGAAAACAACAACAAAAAAAACGGUUCAUGGCAAUGAAUGAAUGGAGGAACAUAAUUGUGCUUUACAAAACGCCGAUACACGUCCUCGUCUGCAAAGUAGGACGCAAAACAUAUGCUUUUGUUCGGCUCAUACAGGUUCUUAAGAAUAGCAUGGCAUGACAUUUUCUCGCUUUCACAUCACCUUCUAGCAAGCUGGAGUUUGUAUAUCCCCCGUGUUGGAAAGUCGAAGUGCAAAUGCUCAUCUUCCCGUCAAGUUUAACGCCUGCACGAGUCAAAGACUCUUGAAUUGAAAUCAAAUCCCCAAGUUAACCAUCGUACUCAUCUGAAAGACUCCUGACACUCUUAAAUUUGGUAAGACCUCUAUUGGUGCUGUAGAAAAUUUGCCACAAAGAAAACUUUGAGUCUGAGCAGCGAACGAUGCACGCUCUCACUCAACGAACUUCCUUGUGUUUUUCUUUGAGUUGUGCGUAGCGCAAUGCAUUCUGGUAAAAAAUGGCGCAUUGCACUCUGGUUAAAUGCAAUGCAUUCUAGUAAAAAGUGAUGACUUCGAGAAUUCGUCCCACCUUAUAUAUUUCUCUUAAAUCCUGAUUAUGUUUCUGCUCGCUUGCUUCGCUCGCUCCGCAGUAAUAAAAAUAUGUUCAGUGUGUUUAAAAGGUGACCUAGAAUUUCUAAAGUCGUCCUAAAAUCUAUUUUGCUUACUUUUAACCUGGUUUAUUGCAGGUUCAAGUUUGAUAGGUACAGUUAUAAUUCCUGCACACAGCCGAGUAAGCGUCAGCCCCACCAGCACAGCUCCAGGAACUCGGAUGAGCGUGGAAGGAUACCUAGAGCUUUUAAAGAUGUACUGACUCACCUGAAAAUCAUGCGAUUUGGCGUUGUCUUUGGGGUGAGAGGGCGUAUACGCAUCAAUCUCAAAGGAACUUGCCUAGAGAGGAAUUGAAGAGUUGCUUGGUAUAUUAAAUAGGAUGAGAAUCCCUGAAAUGCACCGAAAAAAUAGUGGAGUCAUAUUUAACAACUAUUCCUCAAGCCCGAAUGGGCUCUAAGUCAAUAGCCCAUGAGGCCCACGGCUCAAUAGGCUACUGACCCAGAGGCCAUGAGGGCGAGAGGAAUAAUUGUUUUAGUAAAAUCCAACUGGGUGGUCAAAAAUAUCGAGACAAAACAACUUUAGCUAACAAAACGCGAUUCAGCCGCCAUUGUUUCGGUUUUUAAAGCCGGCGCUUUUCGUUACUAGUGGUCUAUAACAUAUAGCCUAGUAGUAGCUCAACCAAUCAGAGCGCAGCAUUAAUAAUAGACCACUAGCUGGAUUUUACUAAAAACAGAUAGAGAGAGAGAGGUUAAGCGACUAGGAUGGCAACGGAGGAGAAAACGUCGCUGCGAAUCGUGGGUUUUGAGUUGAGGUAGUAGGUCAAAACUAAAAAUAAAACAUUGCAUUUUUACUCACUGGCAGCGUUGGCUUUUCAACUUUUCUCAUGC